GGACGUCCACAGACAGAAGUCGCAUCCAAUGAGGAGGAGAGGGCGGCCGCCAUAGACCAAUCGGCGGCCACCACACAAAGCCCGGCGCACCUAAAUAGCUGACGCUACACGGCUGGCUUUCCGGAUUUUUACGCGCGUCACUCCGACUCCCAAGAAGCAGGGUUUUAAGAAGGCAGCUGGAAGGGGCUCACCGGACAGGAACAAGAAUGAAUAAAAGAGGCUGGCAGAGCAGGAGGGGACACGGGAGAAGCCGCUACCAGCACAACCCUUGCUUGAGACAACGCGAGUUGAACGAAAGACGUCACACGGAGGCUCCAGAGAGCCAGGAUCCUGGCCCCAGCAAUGCCGAGUCCCCAUCCACCUCGUCCACCUGUGCAGGGAGUUCCGUGCCAGAGCUGCCGGGGUUUUACUUUGAUCCUGAGAAGAACCGCUACUUCCGCCUGCUGCCCGGAAAUAACAACUGCAACCCCCUCACACUGGAGGGCAUCCGCCUGAAGGAGAUGGAGAUGAGACGGCUGCUGCUGCUAAAGGAGGAGGAAAAACAGGAAAAGAAAACAGCCAGAAAGGGGUUUAAUGCAUCUUCCUUCCUCCAAAAACGCCAGCUGGGUUUUUUCAAUGUCACCAGUUACUGCCGUUUGGCGCACGAGCUGCGGCUGAGCUGCAUGCAGAGGAAGAAGGUCCAGAUCCAGAGCUCAGACCCCUCCGCUCUGGCGAGUGACCGAUUUAACCUCAUCCUGGCGGAUACCAGUAGCAGCCGGCUCUUCACAGUUAAUGACGUCAGAGUCGGAGGCUCCAAGUACGGCAUUAUGAGCCUGCACGGUCUGAAGCCGCUCACACCACAGGUGCACAUGCAUGAAAACCUCUACUUCACCAACCGGAAGGUGAACUCCGUGUGCUGGGCCUCGCUGAAUCAUCUGGAUUCCCACAUUCUGUUGUGCCUCAUGGGGCUCGCAGAGACCCCAGGCUGUGCUACUCUGCUGCCUGCAUCCCUGUUUGUCAGCAGUCACCCAGGGGACCGACCUGGCAUGCUGUGCAGCUUCCGCAUCCCCGGUGCAUGGUCCUGUGCCUGGUCCUUGAACAUCCAGGCGAAUAACUGCUUCAGUACCGGUUUAUCUCGGCGCGUCCUGUUGACCAACGUGGUGACGGGACACCGGCAGACAUACGGGACUAACAGUGACGUCCUGGCGCAGCAGUUUGCUCUCCUGACUCCACUGCUGUUUAAUGGCUGUCGUUCAGGGGAGAUUUUUGCCAUUGAUCUACGUUGCCCUAGCCAGGGCAGUGGCUGGAAGGCUACCCGUCUGUUCCAUGACUCGGCAGUGACCUCAGUGCGAAUCCUCCAGGAAGAACAGUGCCUGAUGGCAUCGGACAUGGCUGGGAAGAUCAAGCUGUGGGACCUGCGGUCCACCAAGUGCCUCCGGGAAUAUGAAGGUCACGUGAAUGAGUAUGCCUACUUGCCCCUGCACGUGCAUGAGGAAGAGGAGAUCCUGGUGGCAGUGGGCCAGGACUGCUACACACGGAUCUGGAGCCUGCACGACGGCCUUCUGCUCAGGACCAUCCCCUCCCCACACCCCACGUCCAAAGCCGACAUCCCCAGUGUGGCCUUCUCCUCUCGGCUCGGGGGCUCUCAAGGGGCACCGGGGCUGCUCAUGGCCGUGGGACGGGACCUCUACUACUUUUCCUAUAGUUAGUGCGCAGGGCACAGCCUGGAGGAGCAUGGACCAGCCUGCAGGAACAAAACAUGGUUUAUUCCCGUUUUGGACUGGGACACGCAGGUGGUACUGGCUGCCACAGAGGCUGCCCCCAGCUGCCGGGGCAUGGUGCCGUGUCUCGGGUAAAGGUGGCUCUGCAGUUACUUCCGUUACAGUCUGGGCUCAGGGAGCUGGAAAGUGCUCUUCAUAAAAAGUACUUGUAUCAUUUUUCUGUUGAGUCUUAGAAUAGUUUCCCACAUCCCCUUUGCUGUUGUUGUUUUUCCUAAGAACUAAAGCUUGGCUGGACCUAGCUGAAAGUUCCCUCCUUUCAUCAAAAAGCCCCUUGGAGAAGCCUGACAAGAUGGCAGGACCAUCAGCAAGGCUGGGGUCCCAAGAAGAGAGACAGGCCAGGGGAGGACAAGCAGUUAGAAUGUGCAGAGCAGCCAGAGGCCCAAGCUGCGAAUCCUCAGGCUUGUUCUUAUCAGCACAUCUGGGAGCUGGAAGGACAGAAAGGCCUUUCCAGAUGCUGCAAAUUGUAUUUGUUGCAGAGCUUUCCAGGAGGCACCGCAGCUCCUCCUAUGGUGCUGGUGACAAGACCCGAUGAAGAGGAGUCGUGGCAACACCUUCGUCACCUGGGAGUGGUAGUGUGUUGUUAUAUCAUGUGAGUGUCAAAGAGCCUGUUUCUGCUGCCAAUAAACUGGGACCAACAGUGCCACAGGCAGGUAGCUCGUGUCAGCUUGCCCGGUUGUCAUGUUUGGGCUCCUGGAGCUGCCGCGGUGUCUGCAGGACAGCCAAGGCUGAGACCAACUUCGGCAUCCCUGCUGGGGCACUUCAGAUGGCCUCUCCAGACCCAUGACCACUGGCCCCCUUCCUGCCAGACUGGGUUGGCUGCGGCACUGUCGCCAGGGAUGCAGCUCCUGAUCACCCCUCCCUGCUCCCAGCCCCAGGAUUCCCCACCUGCUGCUUUGAAUAGUUCACCUGCUUCCUGUCACAUCAAAAACAACAGUAUCCAGCAGAUGAUCUGAUGGGUGAACUUUCUGAGGAACUUUUGCCAAUGCUAUUCACAUUUGAGCCUUCUAGCAACCCGUGAGGGAAGUGGGAUCAUUGUAGGGCUAUGAUUGGAUUCGUGUGCAGAUAAGCCAUGGCCCAGAGACUUGCUAGAGCUGACAGGUUUAAGAGUGGAGUGAGGACUUUGAAGAUGGGGUUCUGCACCCCAUGUCCCUCCCACCCCUGCCAGAGACCUGGGCUGGGGGUCCCAGGGCCAUGGGGCACCUAUAGGUAGCUGGGGGCCAUUGUUACUUGGCACUGGCUAUAAGCACCUUACCGAGUGCUUCCACAUGUAGUUACUGAGGUCUGUGCCCCAGUCCCAGAAGUUCCUAGCAAGUCCCCCUACCAUGAAGAGGGAAGGUGGUCUCCUUGCUGCAGGCCCUUUUACAUCAAGUCUGGUGAGAUGCCACUGCCCAGAGCACAACCCAGCAGAGAAUGCUGACAGAAGCAUGUCCAUGUCCGCAGGCUUUGAUCCCAGC